AUGCCUUCGACCUUGGGUAACAUCAAAAACUACAGACGUGGAAAUCCGAUUGAUGUUUUGGAACCCGUCAAUGACGACCAAUCAUGGGAUACCUUGUCAAGAGAUGCCUUUCGAAACUUUAAUUCUGUACGGUUCCAGCAUGUUCUGUGUUGAAUUUUGGCUAAAUGCGUUCCAGUUAGAUUUACGAAUUCAAUUUUAGGCCGAUUUUCCAUACCGAUUCCUGAAUUAUAAGGUCGGGAACUCCGCGUUUGCCCCGAUCUUGAAGGUGCCUUUAGAAGGUCCGUCGUUGAAGCUUCUUCCUCCAGCCAUCCAGCAAACAUUGCUUCUAACUGAUCCCAACCAAGCUGAUAAGGAUAAGGAAAAGCGAAGUCGUCGACCGAAAGCAAAGAAGAAUGAAGGCCGGGAAAUCGAGGUCGAGAAGGAUCCAGAUUAUAAAGGGAAUCUCGACAUUGACAAUCUGGUGGUUUGGCUUGUGAGCGACGAAGAAAAAGAACUUGGAACAAAGAAGAGGAAGAAUAAGAAGAAGAAACAUCAUAAGAGGGAAGAAGUCGACAGGGAUGUAGAUAUUGAAUUGGAUUCUGACGAUGUAAGUGGUUAUUAUACAUUUAUGUAAUUUUUAGGGAAAGUCUGGUGGACGAAGGUCGGUGCUUGCAACAGUUUCGCCUGAAGAAAGUCAAGAUCGCAGCGAAUCCAAUGAUGUGGAUGAAGAAGAAAAGACUUCUGAAGACGACAAAACGGAAUUCACUAACGAUAGUUCUGAGGUCUCAUCUACUCAGCUGGAUGCAGGAGAUGGGUCUAAAAUCAAGAGUAAGUUGGGACCUUUCCCCUUAUAUUGGUUUAUAGCCUUUAUCGAGCAAGUUAUGAAUAUAAAUCCAUCGAUGAACACGUCCGGUGGAGAAAUAAUCAGAUCAGAGGAAGAUAUCAAAGCCGAGCAGUUGAUUGAUGAGUUCUUUCUGCGGAAAUGGGACGAAUUCCAGUAUUUGAAAAAAAGUUGUAAGGAUACAUUCUGAAACGUUAUAAACUUAUUUUCUUUGUUUUAGUAGACGAAACGUCAUUUGAAACGGUUACGAAACGGAAGAAUAAGGAGCAUCUCAAUCCAGAUACAUGUCAAAAUGGCCGGAAGCACAUGAACCGCAAGAAGAAUCGACGCCACAACUGA